AUGUCCCGUGAAGGUUUCCAGAUCCCAAGUAAUUUGGACGUUGCAGCUGCAGGUACAUCACAAGCCAGAUCUGCCACUUUGAAGUACAUUUGCGCUGAAUGUUCCAGUAAGUUGUCACUAUCAAGAACUGAUCCAGUUCGUUGCAAGGACUGUGGUCACAGAAUUCUGCUAAAGGCAAGAACAAAGCGUAUGGUCCAGUUCGAGGCAAGGUGA